UCGCACCCUACUUCCCCCCACUCACCUCCUCCAGCUUCGACUCCCUCGCAUCUUGGGGCGCCGGUACAUCGCUGCCAACUCCGAGCCCCGCCAACUCCUCCUGCCCGCCAUACUCCGGAGUCCUCGCCGCGUCGGCGCCACGCCCUCUCCCAUGGUCGCGUCCCUCGCCCUUCCACUCCGCCUCGUCGAGCCUUGAGCCCUGGCCCCUGACCCACCCCCGCUCCGUCCGGUGUCCCGCCGCCGCCUUCGCCGGCCGCUCACCCCUCCCCCAAGCCAUGAAUGGCUACCCUACCUACGCGCAGCCGCCGCUGUUCCCCCAGCCCAGCAAUUCAUCCCACUUGUCGUCGGACUUACCUCCCACCUCCGCCGGCCUCGAUGGCGUCAAUGCGAACAUGGGCAUGGACAUGCACACGAACACGGACACCGCCAUGGGCAUGGGCAUGGGCUUUGGCGGCAUGCAGCACCAGCAACAGCAGCCUCAACAACAACAGCAACAACAGCGAACAGGCCGCCCAGCGCAAUCGUCGACCGACGACGGCGACAAGGUCGACCGCCGGAAGAGUCUCCCUGCCUACGCCAACAUGGCCAUGCACAUGGACAAUUCCGACUCGCGGCGCUUCUCACUGCUCAACUUUGGCGGCGAUGCCAACAACGCCGUCAACCUCGAUGCCUUCUCGUUCAACGACCAGACCGCCAUGAUGCAACCUCCUCCAUCCUUCUCCCAACCCGCCUCCGCCCCGGCCUUCUCCAUCAAUGCCCAGUUCGCGGCCCAGAAUCAACCCCUCGCCAGUCUCCAAACACCCGCUUCCGCAUUCUCCUCCCCGCAAUAUCCAAUCGACUCCCUAUCCAUCGGCACGAACCCCUCCUUUGUGCCUGACUUCUCCAUGUCAAUGGAUCUCCAGAUGGAAAAUGACGCCCUUUUUCAAGACUUGUCUCUUACCACGCCUCUGAUGGACUCGACGUUAUUGGAUCAGGAAUUCAUGGAUCCUGGGUCUGCUACACUUCCACUAACUACAGGCCCGCAGCCUCUGGGCUCGUAUGCGAAUUCAUCGCUGCCAAACACUGCAGAUAUAAACUCCUCAUUACCCAACGGUACCAACAGCGGGCAACAGACUCAACCGAAUGGCCAGGUCAUCACUCCCACUAGAUUCCAUGACCACAGCGGCCACGUCUCUCCAUUCGGAUCCGGACAAGAGCGACCAAUCGCCCCCGCACAGGAUGUUCCUGUCGCGGACUUUGCACAGAUGAGUCUUCCUUGGACCGCACCGCCGGGCGGUUUCCCCUCUACGAUGAACAACAACCCGCACAUGAGCACGCAGCAGUUCCAGAACGCUUACUCCAAGACCGGAUUCGACAUGCUUGGCAUUCUGUCGCGGGUAGCCACGAGACCGAAUCCGCAAAUCGACCUUGGACAGGUAGAUCUCUCGUGUGCUUUUGUCGUCUGUGACGCCCAGGCAGAGGACUGCCCAAUCGUAUACUGCUCGGACAACUUUGGGAACCUCACGGGGUACAAUCUGGACGAGAUCAGGGGCCAGAACUGCCGCUUCUUACAGUCACCCGAAGGCAAAGUCGAACAGGGCACCAGGAGGAAGUAUUGCGAUGACAGGUCCGUACGCGCUCUGCGAGAAGCCGUCGAUAAUUUCCGUGAAGCGCAGGUCAGUCUUAUCAACUACCGAAAAGGCGGCCAACCUUUCAUGAAUCUGCUCACCAUGAUACCAAUCUCAUGGGAAGUGGGAGGCCCGGUCAGGUACUUUGUUGGCUUCCAGGUGGACCUCGUGGAGCAACCCAACUCUGUCAUCACUGUGAACACCGACGGAACGCAUAAAGUCAGCUAUCAACGUCCCCCUGAGAUGCCUAGGUACCUGCUAGGCCUUGGUCAGCACGACACAAACAUGAGCACGGCACAGGAAGAUGUCCAGUCCAAGGAAGACGUCCUGGGCAAGCAAGACGUGGCCGCCAUAUUGGCAUCCCAUUCUGCCAUUGGCUCUGAUGAGGGGCGGAGGCGGAUAUGGGAAAAGAUGCUCGUCGAAAACACCAGCGAUGUAGUUUUCGUGCUCUCCCUCAAGGGGGUGUUUCUCUACCUCAACCCCGCAAGCAGCAGAAUGCUCGAGUACGACCCGGGUGAACUGACGCUGACUGGCAUCUCGUCGGUAUGCCACCCCAGCGAUAUCGUUCCUGUCACUCGGGAGCUCAAGGAGGCGACAGCCGGUUCCUUUGUCAACAUCGUUUUCAGGCUAAGACGGAAAGUGAGCGGCUACAUGUGGUUCGAAGGCCUCGGAGGACUCGUCGCCGAGCAGGGAAAGGGCCGCAAGUUCAUCAUCCUCGUGGGCAGGAGCAGGCCCGUAUACACACUGAGCAAAUCCGUCGUGCGCGCUGCCGGUGGCAUAGGUGACAGCGAGUUAUGGACCAAGAUGUCUACAACGGGGAUGUUUCUGUUUGUGUCGGGCAAUGUCCGAGCGCUUCUCGAUCGCCACCCAGAGGAGCUGGUGGGUACAAGCAUACAGGCGCUGAUGCGGCCCGAAUCGAAGCAGGAUUUCGGCCGGAUGCUGGAGGCUGCAAGGACUGGGCGGACAGGCGGCGUGAAGCACGAGAUUAUGAACAGGAAAGGCCAGGCGCUCCAGGCGUACACGACCGUAUACCCGGGCGACGCGGUUGAGGGACAGAAGCCCACCUUCCUGAUUGCGCAGACGCGGCUCCUCAAAUAUUCGAGGGGCGCCAAGGGCCAACGGGUGGGGAUGUUCACGGGCAAGGAACCGCACUCGGCCGACCUCCGGGGCUCUGCACGUUCGCUGCCAGCGCAAGUUGGAUCAUCCGCAUACCUGAGUACGGGUGCAAAUACUCCACUCAGCAAUGGAUCGGAUGCCCGCUUCUCCAUGGGAGCGCCGUUCCCCGGGCCGAAUCGGCUCCCGACUGGACCUCCCGAGGACAACAUCUUCGACGAGCUGAAGACGACGAAGAGCAGUAAUUGGCAGUUUGAGCUGCGACAGAUGGAGAGACGAAACAGACAGCUUGCGGAGCAGGUGCAGGGACUGCUGGCUGCCAAGAAGAAACGGAAGAGGAGGAAGGGAGCGGCACAGAAGGACUGCGCCAACUGCCACACGACGGUGAGUCCAGAGUGGCGAAGAGGUCCGUCGGGGAAUCGGGACCUCUGCAAUUCUUGCGGUUUGCGGUACGCCAAGCAGGUACAGAUACCUGCUCGGGGUUUCCCUCUGAACUGUUGUGCUAACGUGCGCCCAGAUAGGCCGAGUCUCAGCUAGAAACUCGUCGCGGUCGGCGAGUGACAAGGCCAAGAACAGUGUCUCUCCGCGGCAUACCCAAUCGCCCAUAGUGCCUCCAGGUGCAAGUAGCACCACGCUGACCUCCUCGACGGCGCCAUCCCCGCAUGUUCCCGGUGAAAGGA